AUGGUAUCCUUAACAAACCGUCACCUCAUUUUCGUGUUAAUAACAUAUCUAAUUAUUUUAAGAACUUCUUUAUCACUUGAACACUCUGUCAAUGGAGAUGUGCCAUUCUUACCUAAACAUGUUAUGAUCACUAACAAAUUGGUCACACGUGAAGGAAUGGUCUUGCACUGCAGGAACAGAGGGAAAGAUUUAGGCUUUAAAGCGAUACUAGCUGAUGAAAGUUUCGAUUUCAGGUUUCAUCUUAAUAUACGCAGAACAGCCGUGCAUACUGUUGGAGAUGGGCUUAGCACAUGCAUAUUAAGAGCUAAGCUUAAAAUCAGGCCCGGCCCGUUAAGAAACAAUUGAUGAUUUCGCUAGAAGACAAAACGUACGUCGCUAUAAAUAGAAGACGUCAGACUCAUUGAAAGGAUAGCCGGAAACGUACAGAACAGAAAAGGAGAGCAUCGCCUCUUCAUCACAGACAAAGUCUUGGACGACCUCGGCCACUAGGCGAGCUCGGCCCAGAUGACCUCAGACCAUAAAAUAGAAAGAUACUUGUUUAGACGAACUGUUUAGACGAGCAUCUUUAGUUCUUAUAAUUGACCGAGCUUGUUUAUUCUUGACUAUUAAUACGAAAAUCUCCACCCCCUUUACAUCAUUUAUAAAUAUUACAUCAUCGACCAGAUAUGGAAACAACAAUUGGCGCCCACCGUGGGGCAGGGGAUUCUUCUUCACCUCAAGACAGCUCGGCAGUCACAGAACCCACAGCGCAACCAGUCGCCCCGAUUUCUGCAACCACCGACCAUCCUGGAAUGACGAGCGCACAACUAGCUGCAAUGACAAUCUCGGACCAUCUAGCCAACACCUCGACGCUAGUAGCGACGACCUCGGGCAAACCAUCAAUGGUGGCAACCUCGGACCAUCUAGCCAACACCUCAACGCUAGUGACGACGACAAUCCAUCAAUGGUGGCAACCUCGGACCAUCUAGCUAACACCUCGACGCUAGUGGCGACGACCUCGGGCGAACCAUCAAUGGUGGCAACCUCGGACCAUCUAGCCAACACCUCGACGCUAGUGGCGACGACCUCGGACAAUCCAUCAAUGGUGGCAACCUCGGACCAUCUAGCCAACACCUUGACGCUAGUGGCGAUGACCUCGGGCGAUCCAUCAAUGGUGGCAACCUCGGACCAUCUAGCCAACACCUCAACGCUAGUGGCGAUGACCUCGGGCGAACCAUCAAUGGUGGCAACCUCGGACCAUCUAGCCAACACCUCGACGCUAGUGGCGACGACCUCGGGCGAACCAUCAAUGGUGGCAACCUCGGACCAUCUAGCCAACGCCUCGACCCAGACAUCAAUGGUGACAACCUCGGCCCUUCCAGCCAACAACACAGCGUCUAUGGUGGCGACCUCGGCCCUACCAGAAGCAGUUACGACCUCGCGUCAUCCAGCCGGCACCACACCUCAGAACACGACCUCAACCCCUUUUUCAAACGAUCUCAGCCUCUCUUCCCCACACCACAGACCACGACCAAACAACCUUUUAAAAAAAAAAAACGAGCUCAGCCUCUCCAUUUCCUCAUGGUGAAGAAGAAGAAACCAGAAGUAAUGAGUGAUGAUUUCGCUAAGCAACAAUUGAUGAUUUCGCUAGAAGACAAAACGUACGUCAUUAUAAAUAGAAGACGUCAGACUCAUUGAAAGGACAGUCAGAAACGUACAGAACAGAAAACGAGAGCAUCGCCUCUUCAUCACAGACAAAGUCUUGGACGACCUCGACCACUAGGCGAGCUCGGCCCAGACGACCUCAGACCAUAAAAUAGAAAGAUACUUGUUUAGACGAACUGUUUAGACGAUCUGUUUAGACGAGCAUCUUUAGUUCUUAUAAUUGACCGAACUUGUUUAUUCUUGACUAUUACUACGAAAAUCUCCGUCCCGUUUACAUCAUUUAUAAAUAUUACAUCAUCGACGAUAUAUGAAAACAACAUAUGCUUGCACUUUCUCGUGGCAUGGAGACGAUAAUCCAAGAACUACGUGUGGUAUAUGCAGAGAAUGUAUUUGGCAUAUAUCUGAGCCAGGUCCAUGUCGUAUGAGACGCGAUUGAAGCUCUCCUUACUGUUUUCCAUGGGCUUCUUAAUCAUAUCAAAAUAUUUAUUGUAUCUUUCUUUCAUAUCAAGAAAAGAAAUAUUUCUUUCGUAUUGUUGUGUUAUAAAUUAAAUAAAUAAAUCGGUUUGCAAUUUGAAAUCAUUUCUUUUGUAACUGUUUGACAUUGUUGUUACAUAUUUAUCACUUUUCUCUUUUAAUAAUUGUUAUAUUUUCAUAUAAACAUGAUAUUUCAUUAUAUUGUUUAUGUUCUCUCUAAAUCCGAAACGAGAUUUGAUAAUAUUUGUGGUGGAUCUAAAAAGCUCUCUUCAAUAUAAAUCAAGAAUGGUUCAAAGAUAAAAGAACAAAAAAAAUUAUAAAGACUUUUGUAGAUCCACAACAAAUAUUCGUACGAAUCACACGGCCAAGGAAUUUUAACCGAGAUGGAGUUAUGAGCUUCAUCCAAAAUGAUUGUUUUGUAUACAGAUGAAUUAUUAUCACCCAUAAUUUCAUUUCUAACGCAAAAUAACUUGGAAAACAUCUUAUACAAUAAAACAGACUUGCCUCUCUCCUCAUUAAGCCACGUCAUCAAGUAGGAGGGGGCAAAUCUCGACACGUGUCAACACCUGGGUUGUUCUGUGUUUUUUUUCUUCUUGGUUUUGUUUCUUACGUUGUCUGAUACGGAAGUGUGAACUGGGCUUUAUAGUACUUGUGCAUGAAGUCCAGAGUGGAGCCCAGUCUUCUUCACGCUGUCUCAACCCACAAGUGGUUUAGAGUUUUCUCCUAGAGUAACUUACUUGAGCUUGGGGUAUAAAUAUCUCCUUCAUCCAGAAAUGAAGAUUAGAGCUUUGACAACAACCAAAUACUCUGUUCAACUUUUCGGUUAUUACAAUGGCGAAUUUCCAAAUGUUUCUUGCCGAUUCGAGAGGACAAUAGCAUCCAUUUCAAUAGCAACUAGCUAUCCUCUUGGCUCGAUGCCAGGAUUAGUUAAUCGUUAUCAAAGGGUUGAACGUGGUUCUGAUGUCAGUUUGCACGGAUUAUCGUCUACGGAGGCAGGAACAACCAGAAAAGGCAAAGAAAAUUGAAGGAGGAACAGCUUCCUCGCCAUAGAUGUGAGUGAUGAUGAGUACGAUGAGGAUGGUGUAUACCAGACUGAUAUUGAUACGAGCUGCUCUCCUCAAGGUAAUCAAUAUUAUGGCCCAAUGGAAUAUUAGGAGACGAGCAUAGGUGAUGGCCCCUGUAAGCAUCUUAGUGGGGAAACCCAAGAUUGCAUAUAUAUACAAGAAAGCUUUGUAUUUACCUCUUUUGGGAAGGUAAUGAAAGAGAGAAUCUGUUUUGUUUUAACCAAAGCAGGUUUCUUCACUUAACUUUUAAGCAAAUCAUGUUUCUUCAGUGUUCAUAGUGGCUGUGACUGUGAUUCUUGUCUGAAUCUGUUUUAUUUCUUCUUUACAUCAUCAACUCUCAAAGCAUUUAACUCCCCAGCUUUGUCUAAAUCUGUCCUUUCUUAGUUCGCUUUUUUCCAGGAAGGUAAAGACAAAAUAUUAUCUUCACACUCCCAUAUCUUCCAUAAACGAGAUUGGAGUAGCAGAAGCAAUAAAUAUAGUCACAUCAAUUGCUUUCUUGAUAGCUUUUGCUAUACUCAGGAUUCAACCAGUAAACGACAUAGCCUACUUCCCUAAAUGGUAUCUCAAGGGCCUAGGAACUAGCUCCAUACAAACUGGUGGCUUUGGAAGCAAGUUCAUCAACUUGGACUUCAUGUCCUAUGUUUGAUUCCUCAACUGGAUGCCUGAAGCACUUCAAAUGCCAGAACCAGAGUUCGUCAGGUCUCGAUUCUGUUGUCUACUUGAGGAUCUACGUACUCGGGUUCAAGAAUUUUUCCCCAUAGCUUGCGUUGCUUUUACAACAAUGGUGCAUGUUAAUUGGAAAAACAAGGGACUAGAUGGAUUAAAACACUCUAAUAUAAGCUACAGUGAUAUUGAUAAGCUUUCAUUGUCAAAUAUACCAAAUGGAUCAGACAUGUGAGCUAUACAUUUCCCAGAGUUUGGUUCUUUUUCUUCUUUGUUCCAUUAGUGUAAUGGUUAUUCAUUUUCCUAUAGAUUUUGGGUGCAUCUGUGUAUGGCUUAUGCAAUCACCUUCUGGACAUGCUUAAUGCUGAAAAGAGAGUAUUAGAAUAUAGCAGGCUUCAGUUU